ACCUGCCCGCUCGACUUCACCGGCCUCCGCCGCCUAUACGACCCCUCGAAUUCCCCUGCAAUCGACAGCUCCCAGACCUGCCAGUACAUCCGCCAGGGCCUCCGCCUCAUCCAGUCCGACUACCUCCGCCGCACCUCCCGAUUCCUCCCUCCUCUCAGCUCCGCCAACUCCUGCUGGCGAUCCUACCAGCAGCUCAUCAAUGAUUCCCUCCCCAACUUCGACAUCCGCCGCUCCUGCGGCUUCCAGACAAGCUGGAUCUCGCAGGGAUGCAUGAAUAUCACCACCAGCUCCUGCAUGUCUGCCGUCUGA